AUGGUGCCCCCAUCACCUAUUCCUUCUGUACAUAAACGAGGGCGACUGCGUGUCUAUUCAUUCACCGCACAGAAACAAACAUCCAAUAUUGCCCAGCAGCGGAGAAAGCGACAGUCCACCCGUGCUGCUGAGCGAAAACUGCUGCUGCCACCUCUUAGUUCCCCGACACUACCCGUUAACUCUAUUCCCGAUAAUAUACCCUCGAUCGCGCCUGAGACUGUGGUAUUAUCUGCCACACCUCUCCCCACCGUCUCUGUAGAAAUUAUUAUCCCGUGUAGUACUUCACCGAAUCGCUUGGACUUGCCUGAUCCCGAGAUCCUCCUAGCUGAGACUCAGUAUUUUACUCAGCAUACAGAUUAUUCGGGCCUGAAAGACUACCUGGAACGGGUACUGACCGAGGGCGGAUUUCCGGAUGUUCUACGGGUCCCGACAAUAGCGCGGAGGAAGGACCACCUUGCCCGUCAGGUCAGUAAGCUAUCCCAUGCUGAUCCUGUCCAUGUCUUAACGGAGGUGACCUUUGAUUUUAACAGUAUCGUGGGGUUUGCAUCGAGCCUUGCCGUGAUCAAGCAGGGAGUACAUCUCCACCUCGAUCCCCUGCCCGUGCAGUACCUGGAUCCACAGGGCCGAUUUUACCGGACUCUUCGCGCCGUCCACGAGAUCCCGCACUAUACUUUUGGACGGCUGACUGGGUUUAAGGAUAUUUCUCUUAUCUUACUGUUUCCCCGGCUCUACCGGAAGGAGCAGUCUCUUAUACAGUAUUAUCCCUCCAGCUUUGAAUAUAGCCGACUGAACGGGACGGCCCGCGGAGUCGAACCCCGGAUGCAGCGGGUCGAGUCUACGGCACGGCAGCAGCAGCUAUGUUAUUUUCUCCCGCCUGAUAUACUGCUGCAGAUCUGGGCCAAAAAGAAUCUGAAGACCCUGACCAAAGCUUCUACCUGGGAGGGGAUAGUGCAGCUCUUCCAGCGGUACUGGGAUUGUGUCAGUGACCAGACCUAUCAGUCCGACCGGUUGUAUCUCGAUAUUGGCAAGGAAACCUGCCCUGCUGGGCUCUCCCGGGUUGGUAGCACUGCGCAAUUUUCUACACUGGGCCCUGAUCCCGGUUCCGCGUCUUUCUCUACGGAUGACGCUGGGCCCCGGACUGUCCUGUGGCGGCGAUGCUGCCUGGAAUCCUAUAGCAAAUGGAUUCAACAGCAGCAGUCUCGGGGCUCCCCUCCACCGCGCGUGUAG